GCUUGUUCAUCUGUGGCAACCGGGGCCAGACGUCUGUCGGGUCGAGAGGACAAGGGCGAGCGUGACGGAGUGAGAAAGAGCAGAAGAAGAGAAAGUCAAGAGACCAUCGAGAGCACCUCAGAGUUAGAGCUAUUUCAGCUGUCCGUGGUCAAGGACAACAAGUAUUGAAGUUUUAACUGAAACAGAAACGGCACAGUCAUGAUGAUGAUGACCCAGGUGGAGACCACGGUGCACUAUAAUAACGGCUACGAGGAGGAGUACAUGAUACAGGAGGAUGAGUGGGACAGGGAUAUGCUCCUGGACCCUGCCUGGGAACAACAGCAGAGGAAAGUAAGUCAAAAACAAACCAAAAAAAAAAAGAAAAAAUCCUGACCAAAUGUUUGUUCUGAGUGAUGGAUACAAAGACUAAAAUGUGGUUACAUUACUGAUUAUCUAAUGGAGACUUUUCUGUACAAACCAUUGUGACUGGGAGGGUUAUAAUUGUUAAAUUUGGACAUUUGAAACAAUACAAAAGUUUCUGACAAACUCCACAAGUACAUAGUGAGUUCAAGCACGAUAUAAGCACAACAUCCGGCUCGUACUUUCAAAAUAAAACACUAAAGUGAGAACCCUGGUUACAAGUACCAUAACUUGGGGUAUAAACGUAAAGGAAAAAGUGAACAUGUAUAUAAAAACUUAAAACGGAACUCCUAACGUUUAUUUCACUAUUUUUUUAAUUUUUCAUACCAGUAACACUUUACAAUAACCACAACUUUAAAAUGGUAAAUAGACCAUUUAUACAUAUUAAGCAGAUAGUUUAUGAAUGUUUAAUCAUCAUUUAUAAAUAGCAUAUAGACCAGUAAUAAAUUGUACAUUUUUACAAUUUAAAAAAACCUAACCCUAACUUUACAAUAACCAUCUAAGUAAUGUUUAUAGGUGGUUUAUAAACCACUUGUUAAUCAUUUACAAAGUACAUCAGUUGCAACUUUACAAUAACCAUCUAAGUAACGUUUUUAGAUGGUUUAAAAACCAAAUAUUAACCAUUUACAAAGUGCUGCUGACACACAUUUUAAUCUAGAUAUUUUACUACCAAUAUUUAAACCCUAUAUAAACCUUGUGAAUAAAUGAAUAGUCCAUUAAUAAUUAAUGAAAAUAAUUCAUCAUAAUUUCAUUGCUUGUUAAUGGUAAAGUAACUAUUUCCUUACAUUAAUAAACUAUCUAUUUGCCAUUUAUAAUUGGUCUAUAUCCUGUGUUAAAAUGAUGAGUAAACAUUAAUAAACUAUCUAUUAACCGUUUAUAAGUAUUUAUAAGUAGUUUAUAAGUAAUUAGUAUCUAUCCCACAGCCUGAUUUGGCAUUUGUUGCUUUAAAUUGCUAAGUAUCCAUAUUGGCACCAAAGGAUUAAGAAUAACACAAUGACUUCUCCAACACCACUCACUCCAAUGCUCAAACUCAAUUUUUUAAAAUUCUCAAUAGUUUAGAUUUUGAAUGUCCCACCUAUUUAACUUACGGCAUGUUUCUUUGUCCAUGCUGCUACCUUGACGCAGCCCAGGGUCUGGGGUAGUGGGCUUGACGGACGGAUGCAGUGGGUACCAUCUAACAAUAGCUCUGCCUUCCAGCGGCUCUCCAGACCGCUGCCUCUCCACUGAUACGCGCGGAAUGCGAGCUGUCAACAGAUGCUUCUAACACAUGAUGACGCUCUUGGGAUUAGAAUGGACGCUACAUCUAAUUUUAACCUCAGGACCAAAAGGCAUUAUAGUAGGGUUAAUCCAGUGUCCUUGGUGCGGAAUUCUUUUGUUUAUAGAAACCAUGCAGAAAUAUUGUACCAGCACCAGCUCAUCUCAAUAUAGCCCCGGUCUUCCGCACUGUCAGUUGGUUUUAGGGCUUUGAUAGUUGGCCUGGGCCUUAAACUCUAGCUCUUUGCUCAACUGGGGACCAUCAGCCUUAUGCCUAUAACCUCCUGUGGCCCCCACAUGGAUGACAAAACUGGGUAUUUUUGGAAACACAAGACAGCAGCACAACAGUCAGGGCCCAAGCCAAAACACACACCUACAUUACAGUUUACUGAGAUGUUAUUAGUUCUUAUGGGCUGGUGUUCACAAGAGAACAGUGUUUGUUCACAUAAACAAAGACUGGUAUGAAAUUGUCCUUCCAGCUAUCUCCUUACAGAAGUGGACCAAUACUGAACCAAUAGGACAUCCUCAAAGCCCAAGUACCAUUUUUUCUGCUUUAAUUGGUUUAGAUCUCAGACUAAGCGACUGUACAGUUGGUUUAAGUGAAAAACAACUAGCAACUAUGAAAGCUAUAUUCGUACAAUAUUAAUCCAGCACAAUAAAUCACCAAAAAGCAUUACUUAUUCAGAGCAUAGUUAAAAAAUGCAAAAGUUAAUAUUUGCUUAAAGUAAAAAAUGCAAAACAAACAAGGCAUUUGAUUUGUUAUUGCUGUAAAAUAAAUGUUAAAAACAUAUUGUAUGUCUCUACCAUUGACUUGGCAUGGUUUUAACUAAAUAGUUUCAAACUCUGCAAAGCAGCUGCUGGGGCUUUUCUUUAUUGGAUGUUAAGUAUUGGUUAAUCCAAUGAUACUUUUCUGUUACCUGACACAGGCAGGUUCAUAGAGGACACUGCUGAAGCUUUUAGAGCCAAGUCGGCACCAACUGUUUACUGGAGCGAAUGAGCAAAAAUGUCUUAUUUAUAGGGGUCAGUUCAACUCCAGCAGGAUAGCCUUUGGCCUAGCUAAGCCAGACAAGCCUAAGCCACUUUAUGGAAAGGGUUGGUCCCCUUUGGAUGUGAUGCAUAAAUAUUUUUAGCUUUAAUCGUCACUGGUAGUGCCGGAGAGGCCACAAGUGAGGGUGGUGGUGCCUGGAAAGUGGGCAGCAGGGUUUACAACUGUGGCUGAGUCAAAGUUAGGGGAACUAUAGGCCACAUUUUUAUCAAGGAGGGAAGCUCAUUGUAACACUGAGUGUAAAAUGCAGUAGUUUUUGAGCCUAAUUUUCUAAAGUCAGUCUUUGCACCAUCAGGAAGGUAUAAGAUUUUGGGUUGAAAAAGAUCAUCUCUCUGAACUUAUAAUUGUGCCAAAGUAGCCAAAAUAAAAUAUGAGCCUGUUGAAAAAUACAUAAACAAGACUAUUUCUUCUUCUUAAGGGCUACAAAUGCAAAUCAGUUUCCAAUUAUGGUCAGAUUAACCACCUCAAAGUGUAAAAGUAAUAUUUCAAAAUCCUACAGCAACUUAAAAAAACUCAAGAACCACUCAUUUCAUUUUACAAAUGUGAAAAAUGAAGAGGCAAAAAUUCACACUACACACUGCAUAAAACUGCAUUGUUCUGCGGUAUCUGUCAAUUAGCUCAGUGUUACAGUAAUUGAAAAUAUGUUUCUAGUUGAUCGAAGUAACCCACUGCAGUAUACUUUGACAGAUCUGUUCAUUCACUCUGGUUGGUUAUCCUUCAAAUGAUUUGGAUUUCUGACUAUGUUCCCCUCUUGUAUCCAUUCCUGCCUGUCCUCAUAUCUCAGCAGAGUAACAAGUGUGACCUGGAAGGGCUGCAUUCAUGUUCUGUGAUAAAGUUGUCGCCUUGCAGCUGUAACCAAUCACAUCAUAAGUGACAAAGAGUGACGUGAAGGGAAAACUUGCUCCGCAUCCAUGUGACAUUUCCGUCCAUGUUGACAUGGCGGGACAGUUAGACGUUUUCCUCCUGGCCUCUUAUCGUGAGGCACAGCAGAGCGGUCUAAAUUUAACGCCUUAUAUCGGCCGGAAUGUGCUCUGCGGUCGGCUCCCAGCUUUCAUCUGCGCUGUGCCGAGCGCCCAUGAACUCUGUUAGUCGCUAUUGAAAGGCCUUAUAAAAAUAGGAGAAGACAAUGAUCCCGUCUUAACAUGAUUUACAGUAUUUCAGUGCCUGACAGAGUUAGUUGUUAGCUUUGGGAGAAGAAAAAAGUUGCAACUUGAUACUGAUAGGUCACUGAAGGUUAAUCCGAAAAUGUGGCACUGAUCACAAAGGUCAACAUUUAUUUGGUAUACUCUUGCAGUGAAGACUUGCUAAGCUGUUAGCUGUCUUGGUUUGUUUAGGUCUUCCACAGAGAUAUAUGUUAUUUCCUGUGUGAUCCUUACAUUUCGAAAUCAUUCUUCUUGAAGGAAUGCUGGAAAAGAUUUACAGGACGUCUAACUGUUUUGUAACAGCAUUAAGAAAUAGUACCAUGACUUAAAAAAGACACCUUAACUGUCUUUAUUGGUUGCCCAAAAUAGCAUGAGGACUGAUGACAAGUCAAUGCUUUGUGAGGGGAAACCCAAGAGAUGUCCCAUUAAUGUGAUAACAGCCUCACUUCUCUUGACACAAGCAAGCUGUGUUAAAGCAAACUGUUCUGGUAACUGUCCAACGGGAUGUCAACUCUCAUUCACUUAACCAUCCCUGGUGUCAGUGAAAACAAUGAUUUUCUGAAUUCUACAUAAGACUUGCAUCGAUCAAAACUCACAAAAUAGUGACACUUCUCCAGUCAGUUCAGUAAGAAGAACGUAGAAACAACUCAAAUGCCAAUUUACUUAAGCAUGUAAAUCCCAUGAUAAUGACCUUCACUUUCUAUUCCUGUCAGACGUUCACAGCCUGGUGUAACUCUCACCUGAGGAAAGCUGGUACCCAGAUCGAAAACAUUGAAGAGGACUUCAGGAAUGGUCUGAAACUCAUGCUGCUUCUGGAAGUAAUUUCAGGUAUGUCAACUAAAGGGAAGUAUUUGUCUCAAAACUUCACGUUUAUUUCCCCUAAUAAUCUGUUACUUUUUAGUCCAUCAUUAAAAUAAAUGCACAUUUGGUGGUCUGCCAGCCAUGUGGUGGUUUAAAUCCAUUUUUUGUGAUGAAGUACCAUCUUUAACAGCAUCUUUUGGGGAAGCAGACACAUAACACUGCAUUAAUACCUGACAUAUUGCUCUCUUUGUAGGAGAAAGGUUACCUAAGCCAGACAGAGGGAAGAUGCGGUUUCAUAAGAUUGCCAAUGUCAAUAAAGCGCUGGACUUCAUCACAAGCAAAGGAGUGAAACUGGUCUCCAUUGGAGCUGAAGGUAAAGAAAGCCUUUGUGUAUUUAUAAAUAAACUUCAAGCUGUCAGGGGUCCAAUGUGAACCACUGUCUGUAUAUAGAAUGGACAAUGCACUUCCAUUGUAAGGAGCCAAAAUACCAGCUGAGGGAGCCAAGGCAUUUGAAAAAGCAUUUUUCCUGUUUGGCUGACGUUACUCCCUUUCCACUAACCAAAACAUACAUUUAUCUUAGUGAUAAAAGGUCAAAGAUGCUUGAGUUCGGUAUACUUCACAGAAUAUAUACUUGUGUUGGUUUGAAGAGGACACUCAGGGUAAUGGCGAGUUCAGUGACUCUUGAGUCAGAGUUAAGAGCUCACUUUUGUCUACAGAGCUUUAAAUCUACCAUCUUUCUAAGUAUGUCUAUUUUAACCACUUACCUGGGGGGCUCUUAAGAUGAUGGCCUCACACAGGGAGGCUCUCCCUUUUCAUUACAGUCAAAAGUGUGAACCCACAUAGUAAGUUACACUAGCAGUUUAUUGUUCUAACUGUUUUUUUGUCCUUUCAGAGAUUGUGGAUGGUAAUGUAAAGAUGACACUUGGAAUGAUCUGGACUAUCAUCCUCCGCUUUGCCAUUCAAGACAUUUCUGUGGAAGGUGAAAUUUCAAAUCAAGUUGGAGAACUAUAUAAAAAACAAAAAAUCAGCCCUCUUUGCAACACAUACUAUUUAACAUCUAUUUUGCUUCUCAGAAACAUCUGCCAAGGAAGGUCUUCUUCUGUGGUGUCAGAGAAAGACUGCCCCCUACAGGAAUGUCAAUGUCCAAAACUUCCAUGUCAGGUAAGAGGUCAUCAUUACUUUCACUGAGUCUUACAUGCUGGUUGGUUUUGGUAACACUUAAUGUCAAAAGCUAAUCUUCAUUGUUUUAUUCUGUUUUAUAAUGUCAUACUCCAGACAAAGGUUGGAAAAUGUCAGCACUCAUUCCAAAUCAUUAUAAAUGCGGUAAAAAGGCUUAUCAAGAGGAGUCUUUUAAGGAUUAAGCUUUACAGAAUAGAAUUACCAAAAUCUGGACUUCAGCAGCUUCAUCUCUAGGUGCAGUUAGCAUGUUUCCUCUUUGUGCUGACAUGUUGGUUCUUUCUGCUCAUCGGCCCCUGUAGCUGGAAGGAUGGCCUGGCCUUCUGCGCCCUGAUUCAUAGACACAGACCCGACCUCCUCGACUACUCUAAACUCAACAAGGUGUCGUGUGGUUUCACUUGUAACCAGGAUGCCGUGUCUAUCACUAACAGAGUGAUUUCCACUUAAAUUAACACCAAUUUCCCAAAGAAAACUGAUCAAAAUAAACACACAAAGAAAGAACUCAAAUAAACAACUCUUGAGGCAACUUUUAAUGAUGUGCUGUGAGCAAUGAUAAAUCUUCAAUUACAUCCACAGCUGGAUGUUUCCUGAAAUAUUAAUGUUACUUUCAGAUAUUUCGCAAUUUUAAGGACACCCUCUGUUGUUUACUGUGUAAGCUAUUUGGGUUGAAUGUUCAUUGUGGAUAAACAGCAAGUUAUUUGACUGGUGUAGAUAAUACUAGGGGUGUGAUUCUUCUUUUAAGCAGAACAGCGUUAGGUUAGUCCCACAUCAUGCCUCAUUAUUCCUAACCGAGGCUGAUGCUUGGUUCACAAUUCCCGCAUAAGUAGUAUAAAAAGACUGUUGCCUCCUAUUUGAAUUCUGUUUAUAUUUUGCACCUUUCUGUGCCCAUUACCUCAUUAGAUUACAUGGUGAGGGUUUGUUGUUGACGAAAACCUGAAGUCAUAUAUAUAUGCAAACUCAGGCAUGUCUGCUUUUAAACUAAGACAAAUGAUACCCAGACGUACUGGUGUGUUUAUUUCUUGAGCUUACAUUGUUUAUUCAGUGCAAACAAACCCUCAACUCAUUUGAAUAUUGUAGCUCCAAUGGAUAGCCAGGAUUGUCAGUGUUUUCGAAUAAACAGGUGAGGGCCUCAGUGAGCCAUGAUGCGUAUUAUCACAGAGCUUGAGAGAACAGCUGACAGCCUCCCUGUGAUUGUAACCUACGAGUAACGCACCCUCUUUUCCUCUUGGAAGAAGGUGUUGCCUCGGCCAGAAGAAAGCAAGAGCUAAUUUGAGGCUUCUCUUCUCACUGCAACUGGUUAUGAGGAGUGACGUUUCAUUUGUUUUGGAAACAGAAGCACUCACUUUUCAGUACAUGACUCCCUGUCCUGACUUGCAGUUGACCCUGAAUAGUUACAGCAACAUGAGCCGAGUCCCUGCAGCGCUAAGGCUUAAGCUUUGCUGCAACUAUUGUCACGUAGUGUUCCCCCCGAUGAGACUCCAAGGCUCAAAAAAGUCAGGAAGAUUUUUUUCAAAUGAUCACUGUGAUAUCUUUUGGUUUAAUCUGAGAUAGCAGUGCAAGAAUGGUGCUGAUUCUCAUAGUUCAUGAAGGGGACUCAACAUAAGUCUGACAUAAAAUCUAUUUCUUGGGUCUGCUUUUUCUCGCUCUUUCAAUCAAUCUGACACACAUAUUCACACGUCCAGUCACACCUCUACUUCGCAGUUCUGCUUACAUUGCCAGGAGACAGAUUCACAGUGAGCCAGUCAGCUGUUGAGUCUGGCUCCAGGUGAGCGCAUUCGUUAAGCUUGCUGUGAUGCGGCCUACUCAGACAGAUCUAGUCAGGGGUGCACACACACACACACAUACACACGCAUAGGCCUUGGGGUAUCCUUCUAUUCAUCCAUUGCCCCAUCCCGUCAUCAAUUUACCACCCUAUUCAUCCACGUCUCUGUCCUGUACUUGAUCUAUGAGCAGCUGGCCCUGUCAUGUAGUGUACCCGCCCCCACCCCAGCCCAACGCUCCACCAUUAUGGAACAGCAGUACAGAGAUAGGAACAAUAGCAGCAGCAGCAUGAUAGCAUGAUCCCUUUACCCCACUGUCCUCACUCACCUCACUGACUGUCCCAUUAGCAGGGCAGACUUCACUGUCAGCUGUUGGCUCAAUGCACCACUCCCACUCUGUGAGAACACAUGGUUUCUCCUGUUUGAAAAGCUAAUACCUGUGAUUAAAAAAUACAUGCACUUCUUCUAAGUAAAAAACUAAUAUUAUCACUGCUAAGACAGUUAUGUAGAUCAAGUUUUCAUCGGUCUGGCAUAUCAGAAUAAAAAUAACUUAUUAUGAACAAACAGUGAUUCAUAAUUUGUUCAAUUUACUUGGUGGUUAGAAAAACAUAGUAUGUGAUUUAACCAAUCAGGCAGAUUUUGGGGGGCUUAUACAUCUACAAGUAUCUACAUGUGAAGUCCUAAUAAACUUUCACAAUCAGUCAAGGGUUUUUGUGCAGCAGCUCUCAAAUAUAAAUGUAAAGUGAGUGCUGCAGAGUAGGUGAUCAGGGAGUAUGAUGUGUCCACCAUAGCAUGGAGGUCAGCGUGGUGGCAUUUUAAGUCCAGCAUUGCUGCCCAGUGAUGUAGAAUUGUGUUUCUGUAUUUAGGAUGAUCCUCUGGGGAACCUGAACCUGGCUUUCGACAUAGCGGAGAAACACCUGGACAUUCCCAAAAUGCUGGAUGCAGAAGGUAAUGUUUUGUGAAAUAGAUGUACUCUAAUUUCAACGCUCUUAUAAUUUGCCCUUUAAAUCAUGGAUUUGAAGCACAUUUCACUAACCUGGUUGUAUACAAAGAUAACUUGUCUAUUUCUAGCUUAAUAUCCUCUUUGACCAAAAGUUGCAGAACAAACUUGUUCCCUUUACAUUCUCCGUAUAAAUGUUCCACAUUUUUGAUUUUACCCUUUUUUAUAAACUUCUUUCUGUAACUCUCCUUUCUUCUCUUUUAAUGCAACAGAUAUCAUCAACACCCCUAAGCCUGAUGAGAGAGCUAUCAUGACCUAUGUGUCCUGCUUUUACCAUGCUUUUGCUGGAGCAGAGCAGGUAUCAGUGCUAUACCUAUUGCCCUCACCUUUCCUGCUUCAGAUGACUAAGUUAUCACCAACAGCACAGAGUCAAAGACAAAAGCAUAAGCCAAAUCUUGAUAUUUUGAUUCAUGUGUAAAUAUUUAGUGUCUUGCUAAUGUAAAUAUUGGACUGACCUUGAGUGGCAUAACCCACAGUGGUAAUCUGCAUAUAAAAUUAUGUUAUAAAUUCAUCUUAUGCUUUCAGGCAGAGACAGCUGCCAACAGGAUCUGUAAGGUGCUCGGUGUAAACCAGGAGAAUGAGAAAAUGAUGGAGGAGUAUGAGAGACUGGCCAGUGAGGUAAAGUAUUGUUUGAAUUUUAUUAAAUACAAAUGUAAAUGCAGAGCGAUUUUCCUGCAAAGUGAUGACACAUUGUGAAAUAAAACCUUUGAUGCUUCAAAGCUAAAUUAAAAAAACUUUAUACCCUCAGUGUGUAAUUGUUUGUACAGUGUAAAUGACAUGUAACUUCGCUCUCAUGAUGAAAGAAGUUCAAAGGAGAAGCACACUCCGUCCUUCACCCACUCAUGUACCCCAUUGCUGCGAUGAGCUGUGACCCAUCUGCUUAAAAAUUAAUAAUUCAUCACUGCCUUCCUGUGCUCUGCUAUCUAAGCAUGAAGGAGACUUUUGCUUUUCCUUUUAUUCAUACAUUAUCCUUGUGUUUCCCAGCUGCUGGAGUGGAUCCGCCGGACCACACCCUGGCUGGAGAAUCGAACCCCAGAAAAGACCAUGGCAGAGAUGCAGCGGAAGCUGGAGGACUUCAGGGACUACAGACGCCAGCACAAGCCCCCCAAGGUGCAGGAGAAGUGCCAGCUGGAAAUUAACUUCAACACCCUGCAGACCAAGUUGCGCAUCAGCAAUCGUCCCGCCUUCAUGCCCUCUGAGGGGAAGAUGGUGUCUGUAAGUUGCAGUGAAGAAUUUUCCCACUGCUUGUAAUUCAAAGAGUGCAAAACAGAUCUCAUGACAAGUUUAUUGGAAACUGAGAAGAUACAAAGGGCUUGAAAGCUCCAGACAUUACUCUUAUCUAGCUUCAUUCUUUACCUACAUUCUUUUACUUCUAAUGCCAUUCUGUUUUGGGCGCUGUUUCUUCUCUUAUUCACUUUUUAAGUUACUAUAAACUUUUUACUUUUAUAUUUCACAUAUAUUGGAAAAUCUUUUCUUUCAAUUUUGGAAUAGUUCAGAACUGUAAUUUCCUUUUGGAUGAAUAAAUCAUAUUUUCUAUUGUGUAUAUUUUACCUUGUCUAUUCAUCAAAGUCAAACACCGUUUCUGUAUGUAUACAGGACAUAGCAAGUGCGUGGCAGGGCCUGGAGCAGGCAGAGAAAGGCUACGAGGAGUGGCUCCUCACAGAGAUUCGCAGGCUUGAGAGGCUGGACCACCUGGCUGAAAAGUUCCGCCAAAAAGCCACCAAUCAUGAGAACUGGGCCAGUGGUCAGUUGUUGUUUUUCUCCGUUUUUUUAUCUCAGCUUAUAAGCUAAUGAUUUAUCUAGCCGCAUCUGCAUUCUUGCUUUUCAGUUCUAAGUAUUUCUUUUAAUCAUUAGAGCGUUUUUAGACUUUUAGUUCAGGCUUCCUAAUUAGAUAUGAUGGAAAGUUUUCAAUUUUUCAAACAUAAUCAGCUUAAAGUAGGCUUGAAGUCAUUUUCUCCAUCUGCAUUGGCCAAAUAAGGCCUGCUGUUUAGAUCAAACUUGUUAAUCAUUUAGCUGUUCCUCUCCCUGACCUGAAACCUCUUGCUCUCUUUGCAUGUGUGUGUUAUUCAGGUAAGGAACUGAUGCUGUCCCAGAAGGACUAUGAAUCAGCCACCCUGACAGAAAUCAGAGCAUUGCUUCGAAAACAUGAGGCCUUUGAGAGUGACUUGGCGGCUCACCAGGACAGAGUGGAGCAGAUUGCUGCUAUUGCUCAGGAGCUCAAGUAUGCACUCUUUUAACAAAUAUUUGCAUGUGUCAUGGAGGCCCAGGAGAGUGUUUUACUCCUGCCAAACACAAUCACAGAGGAAGGGAAGGAGAGGAGGAGGAGGAGGAGGGAGGGAGGGUUAUCUUGCAGCACCCAAAAUCACCCAAUACAAUCUUAAUUUUUGUUUCUUUCUCAUAAACAUUACUUCAAAAGUAUUGUAGCUUCAAUACCUUGAAGUUUGAACCACAUGGUAAAAAGCUUCCUCCAAACUACCUUCUCCUUUAGUCAUCACUGAAUAUCUCUGCACAAAACUGAAGGGUGUGGUUUGCUGGCAUGUUGACAUAUCCAAUCAGCGGUCAAUGAUGAACACCUGUGGCACCAGUGAACACCUGGCCUUCGUUACCCAUCUGGUGUGAUUGGCUUCAUAUUUAACCUAGGCACUGAAAAAGGAGGCUAACAUUUCAGCUGAGAAGCAAAAUGGCCUCUCUGUUACCCAUAAGGUAUGUACUGGUUUAAUGUUUUAGUUUUUUUUAACACUCUGCCUGUUAUUUUACCAAGAGUUUGACCCUGCUGUUUUUCCCUUUCAGUCAGUUGCUCCUUAUUGCACUGUCAUGCUGGAAUGUCCACUGCUUUCCUGCUAAAAAAGGUAACACUUCAGUUAAUCUAGCAGUAUGAGAUUUCACCUAAUGUUCUUAGACUUUCUUUAAUUGAAUUUUACCUCUUGUUUUUCCACUUAGGCUUGAGCUCAUCCCAGAAUGUUCCUGCUCAGCAGCCCUCCAAUCCGAUUCAACCUGUCUCAAUUCUGCAUAACCCAAAACCAGCAGUGGGAAUAAGUCCAGCAAGUGCCACCCCAGUGUAUAAUGUAGCUCCAUUAAAUGCUGCUCCAAGUGGGGCUUAUUAUGGAGGAUCUCCAUCUGCUCACAGCAUGGCUCAGCCCCUGUAUUCCAAUAGCAUUUCUCCCCCCCAGCCUUCCUACCACAGUGGUGAUCUUGACAACUACCUUGGAAGAUAUGAGCAUGGUGGGUCAGAACGGCAGACUAGUGAGCUGGGUCACCACUCCACCCCUUCAGGACCAUCUUACCAGGGUGGUGAUCUUGACAACUAUCUUGGAAGAUACGAGCAUGGUGGGUCAGAACGGCAGACUAGUGAGCUGGGUCACCACUCCACCCCUUCAGGGCCGUCUUACCAGGGGGGUGAUCUUGACAACUAUUUGGGAAGAUAUGAACAUGGUGGGUCAGAACGGCAGACUGAAGAGCUGGGUCAACAUGCCACCUCCUCAGGGCCUUCUUAUCAGGGUGGGGAUCUUGACAACUAUCUUGGAAGAUAUGAACACGGUGGGUCAGAACGGCAGACUGAAGAGCUGGGUCAACACGCCACCUCCUCAGGGCCUUCUUAUCAGGGUGGGGAUCUUGACAAUUAUUUGGGAAGAUAUGAACAUGGUGGGUCAGAACGAGAGACUGAGGAGCUGGGUCAUCAUUCGACUCCAUCAGGACCAGUCUACCAAGGUGGUGAUCUUGACAACUACAUGGGUAGAUAUGAACAUGGCGGAUCAGAAAGAGAGACUGAAGAACUGGGUCAUCAUUCAUCUCCAACGGGGCCAGUAUACCAGGGUGGUGAUCUUGACAACUACAUGGGAAGAUAUGAACAUGGCGGAUCAGAACGAGAGACUGAAGAGCUGGGCCAGCAUUCAGCUCCAACAGGACGUUCUUUCCAGGGUGGUGAUCUUGACAACUAUGAAGGCCGCUUUGAGCAUGGCGGAUCAGAAAGAGAGACUGAAGAGCUGGGCCAGCAUUCAACUCCAACAGGACGUUCUUUCCAGGGUGGUGAUCUUGACAACUAUGAAGGCCGCUUUGAGCAUGGCGGAUCAGAAAGAGAGACUGAAGAGCUGGGCCAGCAUUCAACUCCAACAGGACGUUCUUUCCAGGGUGGUGAUCUUGACAACUAUGAAGGCCGCUUUGAGCAUGGCGGAUCAGAAAGAGAGACUGAAGAGCUGGGCCAGCAUUCAACUCCAACAGGACGUUCUUUCCAGGGUGGUGAUCUUGACAACUAUGAAGGCCGCUUUGAGCAUGGCGGAUCAGAACGAGAGACUGAAGAGCUCAGCCAGCAUUCAACUCCAACAGGACGUUCUUUCCAGGGUGGUGAUCUUGACAACUAUGAAGGCCGCUUUGAGCAUGGCGGAUCAGAACGAGAGACUGAAGAGCUCGGCCAGCAUUCAACUCCAACAGGACGUUCAUUCCAAGGUGGUGAUCUUGACAACUAUGAAGGCCGCUUUGAGCAUGGUGGAUCAGAACGAGAGACUGAAGAACUUAGUCAACACUCGUCAUCUUCUGAAUCUUCAUACCAGGGUGGUGAUCUGGACAAUUAUGAAGGCCGCUUUGAGCAUGGCAGUUCUGAAAGGGAAACAGAGGAGCUGAGUCAUCAUUCAUCUUCCUCAGAACCUGUCUACCAGGGUGGUGAUUUGAGUCAUUAUGAAGCUGUGGUUGAGCAUGGAUCUGCUGAGAGGGAAACAGAAGAUUUUGGCCACAUGCAACCUCGUUCUGUGCAGUUUCAACAAGGAACAACACAACUGUAUCCUGGACAGACUCCUUUAGGAACAGGGCAGCCAUCGGUUAUCUUGACAUCAGGAGGCCCUGAGCAGCUAGUUUCACAAGAAGUGGGACUGUUGAGACCAGACCAGUUCUUCCUCUUCCUAACUGGUCAGCUUCCUCCAGGUACAGUCACUCACUACCAGUCCGGUGUUGAACAAGGCAAAGACCAUUUGGAUGAAGUUCAUUAUGAGAGGUACUACAUUCCCACGUACCAAUACCAACCCAUUCCAGUGGUUCAGCAGCAACCUGUGGUUCAACAACAAGCUAUGCCCACCAAGGGAGUACCCGGUGAUCAGAUCUUGCAGAGGCCCCAGGACUAUGACAAAAUUUAAGCAGGAUCAAGUUUGAAAACCAACUUGAAGAUCUGGGUAAAGGCAGCUCCAGCCCCUGCAGUUUACUCAAAUUACUGUUUUCAAGUUGCUUGUUCUGAUAUUUAAAUAAAAUGUGAAAAAACCCACAAUGCCUAAAGUGUUUUAUUUUUGAUGUUUUUGCCUAAAGUUUGAUUUGUCACUUUUCAAGCAAAAGGUAUUGAACUUAAAAAUCUAACCAGCAACACAAGUCUGAUGCUCAAUACUUGUAUGUUAAACUUACUAGAUAAAAUGUCUUAAAUUUAAAGUUCAGACUUUGCCUUCCUGGCACCAGCCUGACUUUAAUUUUGGUCGGUGUGGCUGUACUGAUUCAAGUAUUGGGUGGGCUGAAAACGAUAGGUGAGAACCUGAGCUCAUUUUGCAAACUGCAAAGCAAAUUUAAGGGCAUAAUAGUAAUACUGUUUCCAUAUCUCUGAUCACUUAAAUACAGUUCUUGCUUUUUUCAGUGAGCUGGAUUACCAUGAUGUGGCUGCUGUGAAUCAGCGCUGCCAGAGCAUCUGUGAUCUGUGGGACAAGUUGGGUACCCUGACUCAGAAGAGGAGGGAGUCACUGGAGGUGAGGGGAAACAUUCCGAUAUCAUUUUGAAGUGGUACUCUUAUCUGAUCUACUCAAUAGUCCUUUGAGCAGCUCAAGCUGGCAGGGUUUACUUUUGCUUUUUUCAUUUGGAUAAGUCCCCACAAGAGUGUGCUAAUGUUCCACAUGGGCCACAAUUGACAGGCUGGAUGAAGCUGCAACCAAGACAAACUUAAUCAAAAUGUCAGUGUAAGCAUAUUCAAGUGUCUGUCAAUGACAUCUGAACAGUGAAGACACAAGUGAUUAAUGAGGAGAGAUAACUGGAUCCCCUUUUACCAUCCAUGACCCAGAUAGAAUGGUAAAACAGGAAGGGUAAAAGGAUAAAGGAGAAAUAGAUGUAAGAAUCCUUUAUAGAGAGUGGCUGGCUCAACGCCCACCAGCCACUUCCUCUGAUCCAUGCUGGUCAUUCCAGACCUGCAAAUGUGUGGGGGCCUGGGAAAAGAGCCAAGGAUUAAUUCUGAAUGACGGGGACAGGGGUCCGUGUUCCAUCUUCCAACUACCCAAUGUCCCCUGCUGGGGUGGAGGGACUCUCUCGGGAAUAACUGAGCCAGGGUUGGGGGUUAACAAGGCCAUACCAAUGUUUUGAACCCAGGGAUUAGUUAUUAAGACAGGUGAUGGGGAAAUUGGAGAGAAAGAUUUUGAGUACUUCAAAGGCCAGAGGGCCACCUUUUACUGACUUUUCUUAGGAGUUAAAAAUGUACAACAGAUAUGUGAAUUUUGUGUAAUUCUCUCAGCGAACAGAGAAGCUGCUGGAGACUAUUGAUCAGUUGUUCCUGGAGUUUGCAAAGAGGUCUGCCCCUUUCAACAACUGGAUGGAAGGGGCCAUGGAGGAUUUGCAGGACAUGUUCAUAGUGCAUACAACCGACGAGGUCCAGGUAGGUUCGAUUACAGCACUCUUACUUUCUCAUUGCAAAUUCGAGCUUCAUUUCACAGAAUUUUUACCAUUAAAAAGCUCUGUUAGGAUUGACCCUGCACUCAAUUUUCUUGUGAUUCAUGGAUGUUCAAUAUCACACACUGAGGAGUGUUUGCAGGUCUGUCGCAUCUGAAAGAGAAAAGCAUAAAAUGUUAUUGCUCUUUCUGAAAUUUAAAUUUUAAUAACAUUUCAGGACUUCCCUUUUCCCCUUUCAGAGUCUAAUCUCAGCUCAUGAGCAGUUCAAAGCGACUCUCCCUGAGGCAGACGCAGAGAGACAGGCCAUAUUGGGAAUCCAAAAUGAGGUGCAGAAAAUUUCCCAGAGCUAUGGGAUCAAGGCCAGCAUUGUAAACCCCUACAGCACCCUCACAAUUGAAGAGCUCCUCAACAAGUGGGAAAAUGUAACUACAACUCAUCUCAUGUUCACUCAGACACAUGUAGCAGGAUUUAGAGGCAUUACUCAGAAUCAGCUUGUGUAAAUAAGACUCAGCACCGAUGAAGGAUCUUGAAUAUAUAAUACAAACAUUUAAGCAUACAGUGACUUGAUUUAAAUGGUUGUAAUUACAAAUGAGCAUUUUUUUUAGGUGAAGAAGCUGGUUCCCCAGAGAGAUGGUGCCCUCCAAGAGGAGAUGGCCCGUCAGCAUGCGCACGAAAGGCUGAGACGACAGUUUGCUGCCCAGGCUAAUCUCAUUGGUCCUUGGAUCCAGACCAGGAUGGAGGUCAGACAUAGUACAUAAAGAUCUCGUGGGCAAUAAAGCAGUUAUCUCCAACUGAUAAAAUUAAGAUGGAAAAUGGAGGAUAAUCACAUUUAAAUGCAUUGCAUAUAAGGGAGAUGCACUGAUAGUGGCUUUACUAAUAACAAUGAUAAUUAAAUAACACAUACAUUGAACAUUUGUUGACCUGAUUUGUCCUGACUAAUUUUACUUGUAGCACUGGUAAAGACUCCCUCGUAAAAACAGCAUUGCCUAAUUUUACUUGGUUAAAAAAUGUAGUAUCUCUUUAUCCUAAUAGGAAAUUGGGCGCUGUUCUGUGGAGAUUGGAGGCACCCUGGAGGACCAGAUGACCCAGCUGAAGCAAGUGGAGCAUGUCAUUGUUGCUUACAAGCCCAACAUCGACAAACUGGAGGGAGACCACCAACUAAUCCAAGAGUCACUGGUGUUUGACAACAAACACACCAACUACACUAUGGAGGUAUGCAAACCUAGUUAAAAGACUUUUCCUAUUAUGGUUGUGUACACUCGCAUACAUCCAGAAAUUUGUAAAUGAAAUACUUAUUUAAAAAAUUCACAGAUCUGUACGUAAGCAUAUACACUAAUUGUUCUUUAACAUGUUCACUUUUGAAACAUUUAACAAUCACAGCUGCUUGUGUCUCUGUGGUAAUGUUGUCUUUGUCAACACAGCACAUCCGUGUUGGCUGGGAGCUGCUACUCACAACCAUCGCGCGGACCAUCAACGAGAUUGAGACCCAGAUCCUGACUCGUGAUGCCAAAGGAAUCAGCCAGCAGCAGAUGAAUGAGUUCAGAUCCUCCUUCAACCACUUUGACAGGGUACAGCUUAAUGCCGUUCCUCACAACUAAACUCUUUUUGUUAUAGAAUGGCUGAUCUCUGGGUCUCUUGGAGACAAGAAGGGGAGCAAAAGGGUGGUUGCUGUAUUGUACUGAGAGAUGGCACAAGUGACCUCCCUACAGAGAAGCCCUUACUAAACCCAGGAGCAAUGUUCAGUUGCUGAUUGUAUAUUUGACCUGUAGUGAGUCCAUGUGGUGAGACGAGAUGAGAAUGUAACAGUUCUACUCCCUGGGCCUUCUCAGAUAACUACACAUAAUGCAUUAUCAACCAUAGCUGCUAUUGUAAUGUGGAAAUUUAGGUCAAUGGUGGAUGUUGUCUUUGAGGAUUAAGCUUGUUUAAAGCUACACUUGUAAGAAUUGCCCAUUGUAAAUAAAUUACACCAUGCCAGAGCAACAGAAAUACUAUUCCUGCAAAAUUGAUCACACAUGUCAAAAAGUAUUCAGCUACUUUCUACUUACAUUCUCAGUAAUCAUGCUAUUUGAGCUCAACUUUCAUGUGCACAGUCAGUGCGUUCAUGCAAGUAUAUGAAAUCUUUCAAUUACUGUUUUAAUGGGUUUUUAAUCUCUCAAAUCUCCUUCAACAUCGAUUCGUCCUAUGACAAAGCCAAAUCAUCACAAAGCUGAUUGGGUGAUAAAAGUUGGAAGCAUUCCUCUGGAGUUAUGUCUCUUAUAAUAGAUCAAAACAUCCCAUUGUUGGAGUCAGAUCUGAGGGAGGUUUGAAAACAUGUCUUUGGUCUUGCAUUAUUGCUGUCAGGUUUAAUACCAAAUCAACAGCACAUGGUGCUACAUGUUUGUGACUUGGCUUGGGCCUCUAUUAUGCUUCAAUCUUCCCUUUAAUCUCCUCUGACUCCACUCUCCUCUUAUUUCCUGUUUGCUGAACCUAAAAUCUGGCCUCUGACUGUAGAAGAAAAAUGGAGCCAUGGAGACUGAUGACUUCAGAGCCUGCCUCAUCUCUAUGGGUUAUGACUUGGUAUGGUAAUCCUGAAGUGGUUGGGUUGAUGGUACCAUGUAACCAGACACUCUUUGACUUUUUCUUAAAAUACGUACUACACACUCUUCUCAUUCUCCAUUUGUGUCUUUCUCAGGGCGAGGUUGAGUUUGCCCGCAUAAUGAUACUUGUGGACCCCAAUGGGACUGGAAAUGUCUCUUUCCAAUCUUUCAUUGACUUUAUGACCAGAGAGACGGCUGACACAGACACGGCAGAGCAAGUUGUGGCAUCCUUCCGAAUCCUGGCAGCUGACAAGGUUUGUAUGUGUGUGGUUUUUUUUUUGCUGGCCUACUGACAAAUGUGUGGCUAUUGUAAGGCAACACUAAUUUUUGGGGGGAUUUUUCAUAUCAUUGAUUUAUGAUUCAAAGAGAUCCAAUAUGUCUGAUCUGUGUCUCCUCUCUACCACAGCCGUACAUACUAGUGGAGGAACUGAGGAGAGAACUACCCCCUGAACAAGCAGAGUACUGCAUCAUGAGGAUGCCCCCUUACGCCGGCCCUGGUGCACCACCUGGAGCACUGGACUACACUGCCUUCUCUACUGCCCUCUAUGGGGAGAGUGACCUUUAACCUACUAGACUUGCCAACUUCAUCUACUGACAGUUAAACUAGCCACCCCUCAUCUGCCCAACCCUCCCAUACAUCUAUGUCCCCAUGAUUUUAAAGAAUUCAUUUGAAAGUUGGGUCAGAUAUGUUGAAUGAAAUGUGCUACAAUCCACACUAGUUUGUUUCUUCAUGUUUUCUUCCAUGAUCAUGCUGAGCACUGUCAUGUAUCUUGGUCCUGUUCCCAUGUCCCCCUUGUUGAAAAAAUUGCCCCCCAAACCAGUACAAGUUGCUAUGUUCAAAUUAAAAAUAUGAGCAAAAAUGUCAUUGUAUAGUUCAUCCUGUGUGGUAUUCGUGCAGAGAGAGAAGCUUUAUGAAAUUAUGAGAGAGAGAAAAACAGUACUGCAAGAACCCUAGCUUUUCGUCUGAAAUAUGAGUCCUCAGCAGUGUCAUAUCUUUCCCCAAAGUAUUACCUAAUACAAGAUUUAGUAUCAAUACUUGUGCAAAUGCCAUAUUUGACUAUCUUUUUGCUCCAGUGCCUUAAAAAACUCAAUUUGUUUACUUUUGUAAUCAGGUUUUUUCCCAACCCUCCGGUGGCUGACACAUUUUUAAUUUCCUUGAGGGAACCUUCCCAAAAGGAUCAAUACAGUUCUAUCUAAUCUAAUCAAUUUUUGAGGCAUACUAUAUGAAAACAAGUUAAAUGUCACUCUGUAUAUGUACGUCUUUGCCAUUUGAUCUGAAGAAACAGGAUUCAACUCAAAUAUGCCAUGUACAAGCCCAUAACAUGUUAACUGUAUGCCAAUCACUUUUUGCUGAAACUUUUUUUAUGUAAUGCUCUUCAAGAAUGCUAAAUUGCACAUUUUGUGUCCUUAAUUUCACACCUAUUGGCAGUUUGUGAACUAUGCAAGAACACUGCAGAAGUUUUCAAGGUAUUUUUUUUUUUUUUUUGUGUGAAGUAUUGGCCACCUCACAAACUAGGCACAUAGCACUGUGGCACACCACUUAUUUAAUAUUCUAUUAAGAUGCAAGCAAUUCCCUUUAAAAGAAGUUCCUUUUUCCUGCAAACAAUACCUUGUAGAGAACGAAACACUUACGGUGCCAGAAAUGUGCUAAGUUUUGGUGGAAGUUUUGGUUUUCUUGUAUUUUGGUUGGAAAAUAAAGAUACUCAGGCAGUACUGUCAUCUUGAAGAAAUUUUCAGAUUCUGUUAUCGGUGAAUUCAAGAGUAACACUUUGUACUUGAGAGUAAUGGAUCAAUUAAAGUUUUUGUUUGACUUGUUCAAA